CUAACAAUCUCUAAACUCUUGCGUUCUGUUUGCUCUCUCAUCCACUCUUCCUCUUCCUUCAGUAAUUAUGCAAAUGAUCCAUGCUAUGUAUAUAUGACUUGGAGAGCACGAAACCUUGAACCCGCCAAAAUGCGAACGUUAUCGUUAUGACAAAAUCUCAGGUUGUACCGGAACCAUUAGUAGAAAAUUGGAUAGUACUGGUCUGACAACUUUUGAGGAAACCAUCUAUCUACCGAAGGGUUUUCUCUAAUUAUUAGUCGUUGACCUCUUACUUCGCUGAGUGCAUAGAAAUGGAGCCUGCCAAAGAAAUCAGAAAUAUUGUGGUUCCAUCAUGCGAAGAAAACUAGAAAACUUCAGAAAAGAUUAGGCUGUCAUUUCCAUAAAGCCUGUAGAAAAAAACAGAAACGGAUUUGAGUCGUGUUCUAAUGGCUAUGUUUAUUCGUGUUAAGCGUAGUAAGACAACAUAUUUUAUACAAUGUGAGCCGACUGAGAAAAUUCUAGAGAUCAAGCAAAAGUUGUAUUCGCUAAUUGAUGAGCCUGUAGAGAAUCAACGGCUCAUCCUGCUUGCUACAGGGGACAUUUUGGAUGAUUUAAAGACGUUGGCAGAGCAAAAGGUUGAAAAUGAUGCAAUUGUGGCGUUGACUUUAAGAAAAGGUAACAAUGAGUUUGAGGAUAUCAACAUCGAGAAGCCAGAGGAUCACCGCAAUUCAUCUGAAGUGGAUGCUGACUGAGUUAGCAGGUGGUGACCAGCACCUAAGAUGAAAGUGAGUAUGCUGGUUAUACUUGAGUUUUCCUUUUCUGAUUGGCGAGGAAGAAGAUGAAAUUUGUCAAAUAAAGGAGCUUGGAUGAAUUAGAUAAGUUGGAAGAAAAAAGAAUGAGAGAAGCGUCUAAAGAGAUUUGUGCUCUGACAAGAUGCAUGCUAACUUUCAGUUUCCUAUCUGAUUUGACAUUGUUGUCAUGAUUGUUCCAUAACCAAAUUAUGGUUCCGUGAUGUGAGAUGCAGAUGCCUUGGCAUUGCCUAUUUUUUUUUUUGUGAAGAAGGAUCACUGGAUCAACUUAGUUUUUUCAUGUGGGAAAUGGAUAAUUCCCAUCCUCGUUUAUAUUUUAGAAUUGGAAAGGUAACUUUGUCUUUUCCCUCAAA